AUGGGCAAGGCAAAGCAAGGCGAGGCGAGGCAAAGCAAGAAAAGAAAAGGAAAGGAAAAGAAAGGAAAGAAAAGGAAAGGAAGGGAAGGAAAUGGAAGGGAAAGGAAAGGAUUGGAAAGGAAAGGACAAGAAAAGAAAGGAAAGGAAAGGAAAAUAAAAGAAAGGAAAGGAAAGGAAAGGAAGGGAAGGGAAAGAAAAGGAAAGGAAAUGAAAGGAAAAGAAAAGAAAGGAAAGGAAAGGAAAGGAAAGGAAAGGAAAGGAAAGGAAGGGAAAAGAAAGGGAAGGAAAGGCAUAUAUGGAAAGGCAGGGCAAGACAAAACAUGGCAUACCAUGUCGAGGCGUUUCACCGUUAUCAGGAGAAUGAAGAUAUCUUUACCUGCUGAUAUGGCUUUGUGGAAAAGCGCAAAUCGGCUUCUGAAAUUUGACAAG